AUGUCGGGUGAUGUAGCCACCGUUGCUACGAUAUAUGGCGCGAUCCUUCUGGGCACUUGCAUUGGCUGCGGCCUCACUGGAAUCGUGUUCGUUCAAACCGUCCUGUAUUUCAAAUUUUACCCUUCCGAUAGCAUCUACAAUAAAAUUUUGGUCUUGGUCGUCUGGGCACUGGACAUGAUGCACACAUGUCUCAUCAUCGCCUCCGUCUGGGAAUCCGUCAUCGUGAAUUUUGACAAGCCAGAAUUGAUGGAUCUCAUUCCAAGGGCCUUAGGUCUUUCUGUAGCCAUAACUGCCGCAGUCACCUUCCUCGUCCACUGUUUCUUCGCGAACAGAGUCCGUAAACUGACAAAGAAGUGGUAUUUCGCCGCGCCCCUUGUCUUCUUGGCAUUUUUGCGUCUUGUGGCUGCAUGUGUUUCGACCACCGAAAUUAUACGACUCCGCCACUACUCGCUAUUCAUCAAGCCAUUCCCAUCAUGGGUAUUCACUCUCGGUGUCACCCUCUCCGCGUCCGUGGAAUUCAUCAUAACCAUGGUCAUGGUUAUCUUCCUUGGACAGAGUCGCACUGGUUUUGCAACCAUGAACCACAUCAUCAACUCAUUGAUCUUAUACACACUUGAGACUGGAAGUUUCACUUGCGCUGUCACAAUUGCAUCCCUCAUUUGCUGGAUGGUUAUGAGGCAUAACUUGAUCUUCCUCGGAAUGCACUUCGCGAUCGCAAAGCUGUAUGCCAACUCCCUUCUUGCCACACUGAACACGCGGAAGCGCUUGCGUUCAGACCGUACCUUCUCGAGUCAGCGCGAGGCUGAUAUAUACCCUGCCUCACUAAACAUUCACAAGUCAUCGCAGCGUAUCCUGGGCCCUGUCUCACCUACCAAGGGCACACACUUGAACGUCAAUGUGGAGACCACCGUUGUGUCUGUCAUUGACGAGCCUUGCGAUGACUACGACAUGGCGGACAUCGAGUCCAAAGGUUGUGAUACCGCAUGCGGAACAGAGAAGGACAGUAAAGAAUUUUUACACUAAUCCGUGCUUCCUAUCUACUACAUCAAUCCACGAGCCUCAAUCCUCAGGCUCCUCACUCGGCAGACCCAGCCACAAUGGGAAUUUGACUGAUACCGUAUGGUGCAAUAUAUCGCACUGCGCUACUUUCAGGUUUGGCUUCCUGUAAUAUAAUAUAGCUAAUAGCUCAACCACGCUCCUUGCACCUCACACUCAUUCGUUCUGGCCCCUUCGACUAUCCUGCAUAUCUCACUCUUACUCGUAUACACAUCCUACCCUAUUGUACAUUCGAGCUUGCUGCUUACAUUUCAACACACUGGACUCCCCCAGCACUUGUAUCUUUGGCUUCAAUUUGCAUUCUUGCUUUCGAGGUCGUUUUUUCAUGAUUGUGUAGUUCAGUCAGGUGUCGGCAGUGUUGGUCGAAGUUUAUUGAAAUUAUAUUUGCUUCGGAUUCUAC